AUGGAUCUGCAGUACGAGUUCCCUUCGCAAAAACAAGAGGGCAACGAAUGGUUCAAUUUCCCUACCGAGAUUGAACGGUCCCUCACCUCCGUCUUUGCUCCCCGGAACAUCCUCAUCGUCGGCGCGGGCAUCGCCGGCAUCUCCUGUGCCCUCGCCCUCUCCAAAGAACUCGCUCCUUUCGUCCCCGACCUCCAAAUCACCAUCUUCGAACGCCAUGAUAUCCUCUCCACCUCCGGCGGCGCCAUCAACCUCACCCCCGUGGCCCAGCGACACCUCGACCGCCUCGGCGUGCUGGAGGAGCUCGACAAAAUGGGCACGGAAGGCGGCACCGACGUCGAAGCCAUCGAGCUGUUCUCCAGCCGCUCCGGCCGCCAACUAGGCAGCAUCGAUUUCACCGACCAAAAAGGGAACGGGUACGGCGGAUACAAGGGCCGCCGGGUCAUGCGGAUCGUCCUCUCGGUGGCCUUGCUGACCGUGGUGGAGCGGACGAAGAACAUCAACGUCGUAUUCGGGAAGAAGCUCGUCCGCGGCGAAGAAAACGACGACGAAGCCACCCUGCAUUUCCAAGACGGCAGCACCGCCACCGGCGAUCUGGUGCUGGGCUGCGACGGCGUGCACUCGGCGACCCGCACCCACUGGGUCUCGCCGGAACACCCGUCCGAGUAUACCGGCAUCUCCUUCCUGCAGACCGUCAUCGACUCCAAGAGUAUCAAAUCCCCCAUCCACUUCCGCUCCACGUCCAUGAACAUCUCCCGCCAUGGCUCGCUCCUGGCCAGCUACUGUGACCGCGAACACGACCAGAUCUUCCUGGCCGCCAUCGUGCAGUUCAACGAGGCCAAUCUGCCCUACUGCAAGAUCGAGAACGGGCAGGACUGGGUCACCCAGCACCGGAUCAAGAACGCCCUGCAUGAGGAGAUGCAGGCCCGCUUCGGGAAGUCCGGGAUCCCCUGCAUCCGCGAGAUGACGAGCAAAUCGGGCGAUUGGAUGCUGUACCCCGUGUACCAAGUGCGGCCGAAUGCACGUUGGCACACGGACCGGGCGUUGCUGCUCGGCGAUGCUGCACAUGCGAUGCCACCGCGUGACGAAUCCGCCGCCUACGCCCUGGACGACGCCAUUCUCUUCUCGCGCAUCCUCGCCAAACACCGGCACGAGCCGCUCCCCGUCGCCUUCAAAGCAUACGAAGACCUGCGCCGCAACACCGUCAACACGGCCUUCAAGGCGUCGCGUCGCAUGUGGGAGAAGAACCGGGACAUGGGGUUCCUGGAGGGCCGGCUCAAGGAAUGGACCUUCCCGUUCUACAUCCGUAACCAUCGCCAGGAAAGAGAAGCGGCGUGGGAAUUCGACGCCACGCAGAUCACGAUCCCCAUGCCCGUCGAGGGCGGCUCAUUGUAUUCUCACGGCAAGUCGGACACUUCAUAG